CGCUAAUAGGGGUGGCGCUCUUUCUCGGCCUUUUUUCUACAGAUAAUCGAAAUGGCUGAGCAGGUUGAAGUCAAAAAGAAGAGGACUUUCAGGAAGUACACCUUUCGAGGUGUUGAUCUGGACCAGCUUUUGGACAUGAGCAAUGAACAAUUCAUGGAAUUGGUACAUUGCCGUGCUAGGAGGCGAUUCAAUCGUGGUCUGAAGCGCAAACCGAUGGCUCUGAUAAAGAAGCUCCGUAAGGCCAAGAAAGAGGCCCCACCAUUGGAGAAACCAGAAGUGGUGAAGACCCAUCUCCGAAACAUGAUCAUUGUACCAGAAAUGGUAGGAAGCAUGGUCGGUGUAUAUAAUGGCAAGACAUUCAACCAAGUAGAGAUCAAGCCUGAUAUGAUUGGUCAUUACCUUGGAGAGUUCAGCAUUACUUACAAACCAGUGAAGCACGGAAGGCCAGGUAUUGGUGCCACUCACUCCUCCCGGUUCAUUCCACUCAAGUAGACCAUUUAACCAGUCAUGUAUUAUAUAUAAUGAAAUGAUAGAACAAUAAAAACACUACCAUCAUUGUGAUGGGUAUGUUAAAAGGA